AUGAGAGAAGGGGAAGUAGAGCUAUGGAUCGAGCGACUGGAAACUAUCUUUGAGGUGGUGAUCUAUACCCCUAGGCAGAAGGUUAUCCUGGCCAUAGUGCAGCUAGUUAAUACUGCCUUAAUAGGAAUUCGUAAGGCCUUCGAAUGUCACAGAGUAGGGGCAUUAUUUGAUUUGGGUGCUCUUCAUUUCUUUGUGUUUGAGGAGUAUGUGAAUAGAUUGGAUUCUUUUAGCUCAUCUAAUAUCACUAGUAGAGCUUGUCAAGGAAUAGAGGUGAUUAUUGGCAUAGAUUGGCUAGUAGUGAAUAAUGCUAUGAUUGAUUGUGCUAGAAAGGUGGUUUCACCAUCAAUGUUGUGUGUAGCAGUGGAUUCUUUAGAGAAACUUAAGUUCUUGUCAGUGGUUAGAGUUGAGAAGUUAAUUCAGCAAGGUUGUGAUGCGUAUAUGGUGUUAUUUACCUCCAACACGGUGUAUGAUGGUGGAGUUGGGAAGAUUGAUGUAGUAAGUGAGUUCCCUAAGGUAUUUUCAAAUGAAGUGAUGGGAUUACCUCUUGAAAGGGAAGUAGAGUUGUCAAUUGAUUUGGUUCCUGGAAUUGAACCAAUAUUAAAGGUCUCAUAUAGAAUAUUGCUAACAGAAUUGGCUGAAUUGAAGAAGCAAAUUAAAGACUAG